AUGUCCACUGAGACUUGUGGUUUGCUGUCAAUGAUUGAAGAAACGAAAGAAACCGUACUCAAAUUAAGUUCACUCCGCGAAAAUCUAGACGCCGCAUUUGUUCAGACAGUCAAUGCUCCUCCACAAAUCACUAAUGAACCCGCUCAACCAGUGUCUAUGAUAAAACUACCCCGUAUCGACCUUCCAACGUUCUGGGGUGACACUGCAAAUUGGUUUGAAUUUUGGGCUGUGUUCGAAUCUGCCAUUCACAAUCAACCAUUGUCAGAAGUUCAGAAAUUAACAUCGACGAGCGCAUAA